GUUAAUUCGAACAUGACCCACAGGAUUUGGGUUGCGUCAUCGGGCGCAUACAUCCAUUGCUAAUCCUCCCAUCCAGGCGUCAAAGCGUUGGCCUGCGCGCGACGGCCCUUGAUCACAUCCGCUGCGCACACUGCUGUAGGUCAGCUUGUUUCUUGUCACAGGAGGCUUGGCUGUCCUGCUCGGCCAGUUACUCAUUCAGUCCUCAAAACACCAAGGAAGAUAGGACCUUUAGGCUUUGGCCGGACGUCAUUGACCACGACAACUCCCCGAAAAGGGGUCAAGUUCAAGUCAAUCUCCGCCGCGCGGGCCGCGGCCGCUCGCCAUGAGAAUGCAGAACUCUGACAUGUUAAGGUCCUCAGCCUCAUGAGCGACCCCCGAGGUUGCCCAUGACAUGCUUUGUGCGCCUCUUCGACUCUGGAGGAUGCCAGAUCCCUACCAUCUGUAGCGUAUGACAGCACCCACGCAUCACCAGUCACUGCCUAUCACUGCCCCCACACCCCGCAGCAAGAAAUGAUUCGCCCAUAGAGCGCCUGAUUUAGACAGACGCGUCUCGUCGGCACAAAGCCCCUGUUGCUUCUCUGCCCCCACGCAUAAACCUCAUCACGUUUCGGAGCCCUAAAGUCCCGGCUCAAUACUCUCCGCUGGGAAAAGGCCCCAUGACUCCUCUGACCUCCAGCAACAUAAAACCACAGUCCCCUGAGAUGUUCGGAGUCCCAAUCACCCUUCACCAUCAUGUCGAUCAUGUCGAUCAUCCCCGAACAAAUUCCCGAUAUCUCGGUUGAGGCGCUGAGAGACGCCGUCUCCAACCUGCGCGCGCUCGACGUCGCCGCCGUCACAGUCAGCGUCUGGCUGCUUCUCAAGGUCGCCCGCAUCGCCCGCCGCCGCAUCGUCGCCACCAAGCUCCGCGGACCGCCGCGCACGAAUCUCCUGCUCGGCGAGGGCUACAAGGUCAACGACAGCAACGAUCCCGGCUCGCUCUAUGAGGCCUGGGAGAAGGAGUAUGGAAGCGUGUACGCCAUCCCGUCGACAAUUGGACUGUCCAAGGUCGUGCUAUGCGACACUAAGGCGGUUCAGCACUUUUACAAGUAUGAGACGUCCCGAUACGAGCGGUCGGAGGUGGGGAAAUUCUUGGUGCAUGCACUGGUCGGAAAAAGCGUCAUCACAGAAGUGAAGGAACCCCACAAUAGGCAACGCAAAGCAAUGACCCCGGCGUUCAGCAAUGCUUCUAUCCGCAAUGUCACCAGCACAUUCUACGACUCUGGCUACAAGGUGGUGGACGCCUGGUCUUCCAUUCUCGAGUCUUCGAAGGAUAAUGUCAUUGAGGUGCAAGGCUGGAUGAGCCGUGUUUCGCUGGACUCAAUCGGUAUCGCUGGCUUCUCCCACGACUUCGGAACGCUGGAUGGCAAACACUCUGACGUAGCCGAGAUGUUCGACAAGUUCUCGUCGAACCCGCCCUCCUUCGUCUUCAAGAUAGGGUUGACCCUCGGGCUUCUCUUCCCGAGCCUCAUGAAGCUGCCCAGCAAGCGGAUGCAGCUCAAUCGGGAGCUUAACACGGCCCUCGGUGGUGCGGCAUCGAACUUCAUGCAGCGUAUGCGCCAGGAGAAGCUGGGACUUACGCCAGGGCAGGAGGACAAGUCGGUUAUUGGACUGCUCGUCAAGUCUCAGUCACCUGGCGCAGAAUUGUACAUGUCGGAGGAGGAAGUGCUUUCACAGAUUAAGCUACUUCUGGUCGCUGGUUAUGAGACCACGUCAAUCAGCUUAUCCUGGGCUCUGGCUGAGCUUUCGCAAAACAAGGGUGUCCAAGACCGCCUCAGGGAGGAACUUUCCCAGUUCACUAUCAGAGAUCCGACAUACGAGCAACUAACCAACGGGCUGCCAUAUCUCGAUGCGGUUAUUCUUGAGACACUCCGCCUUCACGGACCCGUACCGGAAACUGCUCGCAUGACUACGGAAGACGACGUCAUCCCGCUCAGCGACCCCAUCAAGGACGCGUCGGGCAAAUACGUCGACCACAUCUUCGUCCCCAAGGACACCCAGGUCACCGUCUCGAUCGCGUACAUGAACCGCUCCGACAAGUACUGGGGCGCCGACGCGAAGCAGUUCAACCCGGCGCGGUGGCUCAACCCCGAGGGGCUCGAGACGCGCGCGCGGGAGAUCCAGGGGCACAAGCACCUGCUGACGUUCAUCGACGGCCCGCGGACGUGUCUCGGCAAGGCGUUUGCGCUCGCGGAGUUUAAGGCGGUGCUGGUGACGCUGGUGCGGAACUUUGAGUUUGAUAUGCGGGAUGCGAAGGCGCAGAUUGAGGUCGCGAGGGGCUUGUUGCCGCGCCCUAGGGUGGUUGGGGAGGGGAAGGUGGAUUUGCCUCUGCGCGUUACACGUCUGUGAUGGAUCGGCAACCGUGUUCGUGGUAUUUGACUUGGUGUUAUUUGGAUGGACUCAGUUUUUAUUGCAUAUGUAGCACUCAUUUAUUACUGUCGUACGCUAUUUAUUUGCAUACACUCACCUCUAUCUCUCGUGAAUAAGACAAAAGAACUCUUUGG